GGAUCAUGGGUCGAUGCUCAACCGCUGAGCCACACAGGUGGGCUAGUGCUGAUUUUUGUGUAGCCUGCAGCUUUUCUCAACUGGGGUUUCUUGAGAGACCCAGUGAAAGCCCCAGUGAGAAUGAUGCAGAAAUUCUUCUCAGUUCUCCCAAGGGUGGGACAUAACUGGCACCAUCUAGAUGCAGAGGGGAGAAGUUAAGUCACUGCACACUGCAGUGUAGAUGCCUGGGCAGUGGGGCUGUUUUGUCAUGGGAUAGUUGACAAGGACUGCCCUAGAAUUUCAUGAAAUGUUGGUUGACAAGCAGAAGUGAAUAGUCAACUGAAAAGUCACUAUUGAUAAAAUUCAUUGAUUAAAAGUGUACAAUAACAACUUUUAGUAAAUUUAGAGUUGUACAACCACCACCACAGACCAGUUUUAGAACAUUUCCAUCACCCUGCAAAGACCCCUCAUGCCCAUUUGCAGUCACUCUUCACUACCAUUUUGAGCCCCUGGCCUCUGCUAGUCUGCUUUCUGUUUCUAUAGAUUUUCCUUUUCUGGACAUUACAUAUAAAUGUAAUCAUACAGCAUGUGGUCCUUUGUGUCUGCCUUCUCUCACUUAGCACAAUUUUUUUGAGGUUUGUUCGUGUGGUAUCUUGUAUCAGUACUUCAUUUUGUAUCCCUGACACCCUGACAGUGCCUGGCACAUAGUAGGUGCUCAGUGAGGGGCUGAAGGAUCUCACCAAGAUCAGAUGCCAUUCCAAAUAGAGCGUGGCUACCCGCCAAGCUGCUGUGGACUUGGCACUGAUCCCCUGCCAUUGAUUUUGGAAGUUAAAAGCAAAGGGCUAUAAUGAAAAUUGACAAACGUGGAAUGCAGCUGGCCAAGGACAAUGUGGGGCAGGCCCCUGUGGCCAACAGUUGCAAAUGAGUAGUAGUGUGCGGUGCCCAGCACAAAAUGGGAAGCCCAGCUUUCUGGCUGGGCUUAUUGUGGCGGUCUCCCUUUGCUUGGUCUGUUACAAUCACUGAUUUUUUUUUUUCUUUGAGGGUUAUAGGUCUUUUCUUUCUGUAUUUGUUUCUUUUAUAUAUUUGUUGUACUGUCAGAUGAAUAUUUGAUCGGAAAUUACUAAAUGUGCUCUGGAAAGAAAGAAUUAGGCACAAAAACUUUUGAUCAUAUCAAAAUUUCUUUGUCCACACCCCAAAGAAACCCCAGGGACUGGAGAUCAGGCACAGCAGAGCAAUUUAAACACGCUUACAGAAAUGGAGAACCCUUUGAGAAAGCCAUCUGAAUUAGUGUGUGUUAUCUAGACAGGGUUAAGAUUGUCUAAAUAGUAAUGAAAAAUAUACGACUGAAAUAUAAAAAUGUAGAAAGGGGCAUUUAAAAGUUAACAGGCUUAUCAAUUUCAUCCAGCAUUGGCUUAGGUUGCAGGUAGACCUAUGAAAUCUUCAGGAACAGAGCCAACACAAGUGGAUUUCUGGCAGAGAUUCAAGGCCAUAUACUCUGAAUUUCAACAACUACCCGGAAAGGUCUGAAGUUGGUAAUAACCGUCUCAGGGACAGUAGGGUUUGCUGAGAGGGAGGGUAAAGAGGGAGAAGGAAAUGCCCUAAAGCAAACUUAGUUUCUAGCCAGGUGCAGGGAACAGAAUGCCCCUCUCCCCCCUUUUUUUAAAUAAGAGAAAUUGAACAUUACAGAUAAGAGUUGAAGCACCCCUGCCCCUCAGUGCGGAACCCCCUCUCCCCCCACAGGCAGACACGAUUAUGAAUUUGGUGGGCAUCCCUCUGAAGGUGUAUAUUCCAUUUGACUACAUUUUUGUGUGCAUGUGUUUAUUGUUUUAAAAUAGAAAUCAGUGGCAUCAUCUGGUACAGAUUUUUUGACAGUUUCCCUUUCCUCUCAACAGUAUGAUUUCAAGACCUGUGUGUGUUGCGUAUGUAUAUAUACAUAUACACACACACACACAUACGUAUCAUAGCUAUAUAAUAUUCUAUUGUAUGAAUAUGUUGCAACUUAUCCUUUCUCUUACUGAAAGGACAUCAAGUUUCCCCCCUUAUUACACAUCAUACUGCAGUGACCACCUGUGUACAUACUUCUUGUCCACUUAAUUAAGGACCCACUUAGGCCAGCAGUUCUCAAACUCUUCAGCCUCAGGAUUUCUUUACACUCUUAGAACAUAUUGGGGACCCCAAACAGUUUUUGUUUAUGUGAAUUAUAGCUACCCAUAUUUACCAUAUUAGAAAUUAAAGCAAAGUAAAUAAUACUUAUUAAUUAAUUUUAAAAUGAAUAAUAAACCCAUUAUGUUAACAAAAGUAACAUUUACUUUUUAAAAACCCUUUAUUUCCUAAAAUUCCCCCAAAUUAGUAAGAGUGAUACUGUUUUUGGGUUUCUUGUUUGUCUUUUUUUUUCAUUGCUAAUUCCUAUAGCGUCUGGCUUAAUAGAAGAUGGCUCGAUACUCAUAUCUGCUUCUGUAUUCAGUGUUUUACAGUCUGUUGUUUUGGGUGAAGUUUUGAAUAAAACCCUGUUGGGAAAGGUAGGAGUAUCUUAACAGUCUUAAAGUAAUUGCAGCUAUUUAUUUGCUACUACAACAAAACAAGUGUAAAAUCUGAAACCAUAGUGACCAGAGUAAUUGGCCUGUGCUGUUUCAAAUGAGUCUGUCACCCGCAUAUGGUUUUGUGGCAUCUUGCACUGGUCAUUUGGAAUAUGGGUUUCCACUUUUACAGUAUGGGGCAGUCAUCAGGUCAUGGCAGCAGAGACAAGCUUUUGAAAAUUUCAAUUUUCACUUGAAACUCAGAUUUUAUCUUUGGCAACAAAUGCCAUCGGUUGUUUUCCUUGAAAUGAUAGGCUCAUUUCAUUAGUUUUCGAGAUAAUGUCUGCCAGAUACCCCAGACUGAAGAACCAGUUUGUCCCUGCAUUGUUUCAAGUAGAAGUCACGGGUGUGGAAAGCAGCAGCCAGCUGGGCCCACCACCCGCAGCUGCCCAGCGCUCCCCGGUCUCCUUACACCUCCGUGCACAGCAGAAGUGCCCCUUGUGUUCUUCAUGCUUAACUCUAAUUCCUUUUAGGGUUUACUGAAGAGGGAGGAGGAAAUGCGGGGACAGGGGAAGUGCUGAGCCAGAGGGAAGGAAAGUGCUCCAGCCAAGGGCCCCCAGUGGUGAAGCCUCUGCGAGGCUCCUGGACUGGGAAUGCAGACCCCAUGAGCAGCUGCCAGGAGCCUGAGUUCUAGAUUGUGCCCCAGGUCCCCCGCAAGACCUAGCAAAGCCUCUGAUUGCCUGUGGUCAGCUCAGAAGGAUCGCAGGAUCCUGGAUUUGGGUCUGGAGCCGGACCCCUCAUGUAUAUUUGUUUGAAUAUACCUUUAAUUAAAAUCAAAACAAAAACCUUUUUUCAUUUCACUCUGGCACACAGCAUCUCUGGAUCCCACAGCCACUCUGGCACACGUUACAAAUUGUAGGGAUUGCUUGCUUAUGCUGGGUGAUUCUAUUUUCCCUCCAGUCACCCAUGGGCCACGGUCAUCAAGGCUGCUAUGAGGAAGUACCCAAAUCCGAUGAACCCCUGUGUCGUGGGAGUCGAUGUGCUGGAGCGCAGUGUGGACGGCUGUGGACGACUUCACAGCCACCGCCUCCUCAGCACUGAGUGGGGGCUGCCCGGCCUCGUGAGAGCGAUUUUGGGAACCAGUAGGACUUUGACAUACAUCAAAGAACAUUCUGUUGUGGAUCCAGUGGAAAAGAAAAUGGAACUUUGUUCCACCAAUAUCACACUCACAAACUUGGUGUCGGUGAACGAGAGGUUGGUGUACACACCCCAUCCGGAGAACCCUGAAAUGACGGUGCUCACGCAGGAAGCCAUCAUCACUGUGAAGGGGAUCAGCCUUGGCAGCUAUCUGGAAAGUUUAAUGGCCAACACAAUAUCAUCCAAUGCAAAGAAGGGGUGGGCUGCUAUUGAGUGGAUAAUUGAAAAUUCUGAAAGCGCCGUGAGCUGACGGGGUCCGCACCUGCGUGUCACGAACGGCGAUGCCUCACCCAAGAAAUCAGAGGAAAGAAAGAAAGAAAGAAAAAGGAAGAAAGCAGCGAGUCCUGAAUGCGGUGCAGCGGCCCAGGCCGGGAGGUGCGGAGUCCGCCGCCUGCCGGCCCACAGGCUCCUCCACGGCGACCACGGGGCAGGAGGCGCGGCCCAGGCGCAGGCGGAGCUCCAGCCUGUGCAGUGAGACCCCGAGGAGGACGGCCUGUAGCAGGACAGGGGCCGCCGGGCAGGAGGACCGGCCACGAGGCCGCCACUUCGUCAUCCGAUUGCUGAGCAGGGUCCUGGGAGCCGCCCCCGAGCCCGCCUUCAGUCAGAUUGUUCUUGUGCCUUUGUCUAUUUUCUCCUUAGCAACAGCUCCCGGCUCUUUCUUGCCAAUUCUUGGGAUCUCACAAAAUAGCUUUUCUCUUUUCAGAUCGCUGCCCGUUUCCCUCCCAGUGCCUCUUAAAUAACAGUCUUCACCACCAGUCUCUUCACACGUCUCUGGCUACCAUCUGUCAUUUCAGAUGGUGCCGCCAUGUACCCUUCUCCUCUCCUCCUCACUGCAAAUCUGCGCCCGCUGGAGUAGGGGCGCCCACCCCCAAUGGGGACCUGCGUGGUUGACAGCGCCGUGGGCUCUCCCGUCUGAGACAGAAUUGGUCACGAGAGCAAGGCACUCUGUCCUGGGUCUGCAACUGGUUUGUCCUGCUAUCCUGGGACAAGCGACCCCAAGUCGCCGAAGGCCUGUGUCACUUCUGUCCGUUCUGACCUGUCCUCAGCAAGAGCCACUGCUGCGAGGUGGCAGCCACAGAGCUUGUGAUUUUAAACACUCUGCUAUCCUGUUAGCUUCACGGUACUUCCAAAUUGGGAGUUUUAAUUUUCCCAUUUUCAAAAAUAAAAUGUACAAUCUCUUUCAA